AGUUGGGAUCAACGACCUGCGCACUUCCUGAGGGCUUGGUGAUAACAGUCUCCUGCACUACGAAGCGAGUUCAUCAUCUCCAGGGUAUCUUCUGGUUAUCUGGCUUCACUUAACCUAACAGCCGAGAUCUCACUAAACUGAACUACGAAGCUGGUUAUCAACUCGAGCUUUAAGAUGCUUCCCCAGAGGACCGGACUGUCCCUUCAGUCUCCACUCAGACCCAUCAGUGUUUUGGUUUUCCAUCUUCUCCUAACACACUCUUGUAGAGGUCAGUCUCAGUUGAUUGGUCUAUCUCAGCCAAUAGUAGCAUUAGUUGGCGAUGACAUCAUUUUGCCAUGCCAUCUGGAACCUGCAGUGGAUGUUUCUGCCAUGACGUUGGAGUGGACGAGACCCGACCUGAACUCUAUAGCUGUCUUUGUGUGGCGUGCUGGCAAGGACCUCGUACAUGUUAAAGAUCCAUCCUACACAGGAAGAACAUCACUGUUCACUGAUGGACUGAAGAACGGAAACAUUUCACUGAAACUCUCCAAAGUGAAACUUUCUGAUGAGGGGAGAUACAAAUGCUAUGUUCCAGACCUGAGUAAAGGAUCUUUGGUUGAGCUUGUUGUUGGUUCUGUCUCCUCACCGGUCAUCACUUUAGCAGGGAUCGAUGAAGCCACCACAGGAGUGAUGUUAGACUGCAGGUCUGAAGGCUGGUAUCCAGAGCCUGAGGUGUUGUGGCUGGACGGUGAGGGAAACCUCCUCUCUGCUGGACCUCCAGAGACAGUCAGAGGUCCUGAUGACCUCUAUACUGUCAGCAGCAGAGUGACUGUGGAGAAGAGACACAGCAACAGCUUCACCUGUAGAGUCCAACAGAAGAACACCAACCAGACCAGAGAGACACACAUCCAGGUUGCAGAUGAUUUCUUUAACGUCCAGUCCAGUUCUGUUCCCGUCAUCACUGGUUUGGCUGUUAGUUUGGCUGUUUGCAUCAUCAUGUUUAUUCUGUUUCUUCUCUUUGUUGUGUGGAAAUGGAGACUAAACAGAAUCAAGACCAAGAGAAGCUGCAGGGAUCAAACUGAUGAAGGAGAAAAGAAAAAACACUCUAAAACUAAUAAAAGUGAAGAUCAGUGUGUCACUGUAGAAAGAGAGAGAGAACAGCUCAUGACAGGUGAAACGGUGGAAAUGGAGGCUCUGAAGGGAAACAAGCAGAAGAAGAUCAAACAUUUUAAGAAGAAGAGAUCUGAGCAGCAGCUCCAGGAGGAGCAGAAGGAGGUUCAGACCCUGAAAGAGGAGCUGGAGACCAAGAAGAUUGAGAGAGAAACUAAAGGAGCUGAGCUGCAGCAGCUCCAUGAAGAGAAGAAGAGGAACGAGAACAAGCUGCAGAGCCUGAAGGAAGAGCUGGAGAAGAAGAACAAAGAGCUGGAGAGAAUUAUAAACGCCCCUAGCAGGUCUAUCAUUUAUUCUUUGAGUCCCAGUCGGGAAGAACAUCAGAAGAAGGAAGAAGUGGAGACACUGAAGGAGAAGUUGGAGAACCAACAGAAGGAAUCAGACACCAACAUUCAGGAGUUUAAAGACAAAGAAGCUGAAGUCCAGCAGCUUCAGGAUCAGAUUCAGAGGAUGGAGACCAACCUGCAGACCCUGAUGGAGUCCAACAACAUGGAGUUGGAAAGAAGCCGAGCCGCUCCAGUCCGUUCUUCCUCCUCUGGGUUUAAGUGGCAGAUUGUCUCCAGACAGAAGAUCCAGGAUGAGCAGCAGAGGAGACACGAUGCUCAGAACAGAGUUCAGAUCCUGGAGGAGGAGCUGCAGACUAACAUCAGGGAGCUGGAAGACAAACAAGAAGCAGCUGAUGCACAGAUGAAGAAGAUUAAUGAAGAGCUGAAGGAGACAAAACAUCAACUGAAGAACAAGAAUGAAGAGAUCAUCCAGCUGAAUAGAGAACUGGAGGACAAACAAGCAGUUAACACACAGUGGAAGAAGAGUAAUGAAGAGCUGAAUAAGACAAAACAUCAACUGGAUAUCAAGAAUGGAGAGAUCAGCCAGCUGAAGAGAGAGUUUAAGAAACAGCUCUGUGAUCAGCAGCAGAAACACGAUGGAGAACUGAAGGAGCUGACGAACAAGAUUGAGAAGCAGCUCCAGGAGGAGAAGACUAAAAGGGAGGAAGCUGAGACAGAAGUGGAGAACCUAAAGAAAGAGAUGCAGACCAAGCUGAAGGACAAACAACAAGCAGAUAAAAUACAGUUGAAGACUAAUGAAGAGCUGAAGAAGACAAAACAUCACCUGAAGAUGAAGGAUGAAGAGAACAUCCAGCUGAAGAAAAAUAUUGAGAAGCAGCUCCAGGAGGAGAAGACCAAAAGGGAGGAAGCUGAGAAAGAAGUGGAGAACCUAAAGAAAGAGAUGCAGACCAAGCUGGAGGACAAACAACAAGCAGAUAAAAUACAGUUGAAGACUAAUGAAGAGCUGAAGGAGACAAAACAUCAACUGGAUAUCAAGAAUGGAGAGAUCAGCCAGCUGAAGAGAGAAAUCUGGGAUCAGAAGCUGAGACACGAUGGAGAACUGAAGGAGCAGACGACCAAGAUUGAGAAGCAGCUCCAGGAGGAGAAGACCAAAAUGAAGGAAGCUGAGAAAGAAGUGGAGAACCUAAAGAAAGAGAUGCAGACCAAGCUGGAGGACAAACAACAAGCAGAUAAAAUACAGUUGAAGACUAAUGAAGAGCUGAAGGAGACAAAACAUCAACUGGAGCUCACGACUGGAGAGAUCAGCCAGCUGAAGAAAAAAAUCCGUGAUCAGCAGCAGAGACACGAUGGAGAACUGAACAAGUUUGAGAAGAAGCUCCAAGAGGAGAAGACUAAAAUGAAGGAAGCUGAGAAAGAAGUGGAGAAACUAAAGAAAGAGAUGGAGGACAAGAGCAGCUCAGCCAGUCAGAGCUCAAACACAGAACUUCCCAUUGUCGUUGAGGUCAACCAACAGGGCAAUUAUAUCCGUCUCAUAAACACGGUCCCUAAGGACCAACGACUGGGAGGCUGGAGGUUAGAAAUGGAGGUCAACGAAAAAAUCAUCUCAUACACAUUUAAGUCAUCAUUCAAACUCAAGUCUAGACGCACCGUCACUAUGUCUGGCACAGGUUGUAACCCUUAUGAUCCCACUGAGCUUCAGUCAUGGAAGGAAUUGACACCCUGGAACUCUAGAGACCAACUGAUGUUCACCCUCAUCAGCAACACUAACGUCCGACAUCAACUCAUGUUUUACUCACUGAAAGAUUAUAAUUAGCCAUCUGUCACACUUUUUUUAGCUUCUCUUACCUUUUAGCUCCUUUUAACUACAACAGGAAAGAGGAGAAAACGUUACCAUCCGUAACACCAGAAUGGAUUCUGAAUGGUAAAUAGUGAUGUAAACAUUAAACAUCAGAACAACAUGACUCAGUACUGAAAAUCAACUCUUCAUUAAUGAACUGUUAAAGACAAAUGAUGAAAUAAAUUCAACUCAAUAACAACAUGUGAGCUAAUACAACUCAGGAACUUUCAUUUAGUAUGUUUACUGGAUUGAAUAUUUAUAUUAGAUCUUCACAGAUCUUUGAAAUUCUAUGUGCAUUGUUUGUAAUUCAAUUCAUACUAAUAAUAUGUAAUUCCCUACUCCAUGUUCUGUAAUGAAGAGAUAAAAAAA